UUUACAUUUAUUAUGUCGGCUAAAAAGAAAAAUUUAGAUGUCUACCUGGGUGAAGUUUUUAACCAGUUCAUUGCUUUAAAAGAAAAUGAUUUGAGAAAGUCACAGGAGGUGUUUAAUAGUGUCUUUAAGCUUUUUAAACAGAAAAUGGGAGAGCAAUGCAACUAUUUCAAGAAAUAUGCUAGUCAGGUCAUGUAUGCCGGUAGCGUAUGUGACGGUAUAAAAGUGAGCAAGCUUGAUGAAUUUGAUAUGGACAUCGUCAUCCGCCUCCCUGUCAACUAUGCUGAUGUUGGAGAAAACGGCAUCAUUAUAGAGAAUGACGAACCCGGCUUUGUGAAGUUAAAAAUUAUUAAAGCUUUUGAUAAUUUAGAUAAACAGAAGGAGUGGGAUACCUGUCAUAAAGUAACACGAGACUGGCGGGAUACGGAUAAGUAUUUGCUACAGAAUAAAUUCCGACAGUGGUUGCAUAAAAUAGUUCAAAGAACUGUUAACGAUUUGAAUGAUAAGGUCACCGUUCUUGGAGUCACAUACCUAUUAUCAUACAAAACCAUGGGGCCAGCUUACACGUUGAAUAUAAGGAAUAUCGAAGGCGAUGAGGAGUUUCUUCUUGACGUUGACCUUGUGCCUGUAAUCAGAUUCAUGCUGCCAAGAUGGCCUGAAGGUUAUAGAACCGUGGAGAACACUCAGAUAAAGGAAUGGUUAGUGGUGCCAAAGCCAAACAAGUCUGUACAAGAUGUGGACCUGAAAAACCGUCUUUGGCGGCUUUCCUUCCACUAUUACGAACGGGACAUGAUCAAGGCCUGUCAAGGAUUGAAGACGACUAUACGAUUGGUAAAGAAAUUACGCGAUGAGCUUGGUAUGAAAGCAAUCGCGAGCUACUACAUUAAAACCCUGUUCCUGUGGAAGGUUGAAGCGACCGACAAGCAGUACUGGCAGCAAAAAAUUAGUGUGAUUUACCGUGAAAUGGUUGAAGAUCUUUACAACGCCAUUAUCGAAAAAAAUAUACCGUAUUUCUGGAAUAAAGACAACAAUUUAAUACAAGGUGUAAAACCGACAGUUCUACAAGUAUAUGCAAAAAAAUUAAAAGAAGUGCUGGUUAGCAUAGAUUCCAAUGAUGUCGAAAAAGCAGUGUAUUUCCUUCUUAGCACUGAGGAAAAAGAGGAAUUCAAAAACUCUGAGUUUUAUAAGAAUCAAACUAUGGGUGAUACUGUUAACAAUAUUGUUCGGCAAGCUUCAAUUUGCAGUGCAAUUGAUGACACUCAGUCUCUGAAACUUGUCGAAAAGAAAGAAAAAGAUAACGAGCUGUUAAAUCUCGUGAGAAAUCUUAUGACAAAAAUCGACCGCUUGACAUUAAAAAUAGAAGAACAAGAAACGAGGUUGAUUCGGCUGGAGAAUGAGAGGCUAGUGAAUAAUACUGAUUGUGUUCAUGCUAAAGAUAAAAUCACGGAAGUUAAGCCGUCGAGUGUGGAUUUGACUCAGGAAAGUGUUAAUGAUAUAAGUCAGGAUUCGCAAGAGGCGGUUGUAUCUGAUUUACUGAUCUUAUAAAUAACCAAAAAUCUA